AUGCACGGUUUUGCAGAUGCUUCCGUUUUGGCCUACGGAGCUUGCGCGUACAUUCGGUCGCUGUUUGAAGACGGGUCUGAUAGCAUGAAGCUGAUAAGUGCCAAGUCAAAGGUGGCACCGAUUUCACCGUUAAGUAUCCCCAGGAAAGAGCUAGCUACAGCCUUUUUGCUGCAUCGUUUGGUAGUUAAAAUCCUGCAAUCUAUUAAGAUGAAGAUGAAGUUUAAGAAAAUUAUUCUAUGGUGCGAUAACCAACCUGUUUUGGCUUGGUUGGUGCGUCCACCUGAGCAACUGGAGCUGUUCGUCCGCAAUCGUGUUGGUGAAAUUACUUCUACGGGUGACCAGUUUGAAUAG